CUUUGUAGUACUUGACGCGCCCUUGCUUUGCGCAUGCGUGGUAAAAUAAAUCCAUUACCAUGUCAAACCACAGAAAUGAAACUCAUCCUCUGAAAACUACCAGGUGAAGUGAACUAAACGCGCAGUUUGGAUCACUGGAGUGCCGCUUAGGGGCUUGUUAAACAACAAGUCACAGCAACAACAACAUGUUUGGUAAAAAGAAGAGAGCACCGCAGCCUAAAGGCCAGGGCGCUGCUGCAGCCAAGCAGAUGGGUCUGUUUGUAGACCUGGACCCCGAAGAGAUGAUGGUGGGUAUGGAGGAGAAUCUGGACGACCCGGACUUGGAGGCUGAACUUGCUGCUAUCACUGGAAAUAAAGCUGCUGCUGGAGGAAGAGCCAGGCAGAAAGGGAAAAACCCGCUGCCCAUGGAUGACAUUGCAAGAAUGGCUGACGAGUGUAUGAGAGAUGUGGAUGAGGAUGAAGAAGACAGUAACCUGGAAGACGAUGAAGAUCUAAUGGCAGAGCUACAGGAAGUGGUGGGUGAAGAGGAAGAUGAGGAUGCUGUAACUGCUUCCUCCACAUCCUCUGCCACCGCUGAAUCUCAAGCUGAAACGCCAGAGUCCCCACCUCUGCAGCAGGUAGUAAAGGUCUCCUCAGCGGCGGUCGGCAGCCUUCAACACACCCUGGAGGAGAGAGCAGCCAUGUACAAGACAGCCUUACAAAACGCAAAGACUGCAGGGGAGACCUCCAAAGCCAGGAGGUACGAUCGCGGACUGAAGACUCUGGAGUCGAUGUUGGCUGCUGCGAAAAAAGGGAGACCAGUGAACGAGGGAGAGAUCCCUCCUCCUGUUGCAGCUGGAGCCCCAAGUGCCGCCCCUAAGCCAGCUGUUCCCAAACGACCUGCUCCCUCUGUACCUUCUCCCUCUGAAUCCACUCAUUCGGAUCAACAGGGGCAGUCGGAGGCCACGCCGUUACCGCCUGCUGUACCAGAGAUCAUCACCCCCAGCAGCGAAGAAGAGCAGUCGUCCUCCGCCGCCCUGCCCACUCUGAGCAGUGUCUCAUCUCCAGAGGAGCCGAUAGAGGAAACGGCCAACCAGCCUCAGACACCGGACGAGGCGACCAAGGCAACGCUUUUGGAGAGGCAGAAAGAAUACAAGAUGGCAGCUCUGAGAGCCAAGAAGCAGGGAGACGUGGAUCAGGCUAGGCUUUACUUUAAGACAAGUAAGAGGUUUGAUGCAGUGAUUGAGGCGCUGGAGAAAGGACAAGCAGUCGACCUGAGUGGCCUUCCUCCAUCUCCGGGACAGGGAACAGGAGGCAGCUUGACUCCAGUGAAGGAACCCUCCUUUGGGCAAAAUAUAGAAGUCACCCAACCAGUUGAAGCAGCUCCAGGCCCUGCUCCCUCAUCAGCCGCUGCAGCUCCCAAAAACGUGCUGGAGGCUCUCGAGCAGAGACAUGCCAAGUAUGUGGAGGCGUCUAAUCAGGCCAAAGCCAGUGGAGAUGACCGCAAGGCCAGAAUGCACGACCGUAUAGCCAAGCAAUACCAGAGUGCCAUCCGAGCUCACAAAGCAGGAAAAUCAGUCAACUUUGAGGAGCUUCCUGUUCCCCCUGGUUUUCCUCCAAUCCCGGGCCAGAAGGCGACAGGAGCUGAGCAGGGAUUCAUUGCUGCUCUGGAGGCAGCCGAUAAGCUUGCCUCCACUGAUGCUGCUGAAAUAGCAGAUGAAGAUGAAGAAGACGAAGAGAAGUCUAAGCCGGCUGUUCCAGAAGAGCCAAAGAAGCCGACAUCGGACGUUCCCACCGCAGGUGAAGGAAGGAAAAGGACUCCGGCUGCUUCUCCUGACAGAACAGCCGCCAGGGAAGGACUCUCAAUUACAGCGACUCAGCAGCUGGAGCUCCUGGAGGGCAGGAAGAAGCAGUACAUGAAGGCAGCUCUGCAGGCAAAGCAGAAGAACGACAUGGAGCAGGCCAAGAGUUUGCUCCGCACCGCCAAGGGCUUCGACCCCAUAAUUGAAGCAGCGCGCAGCGGCAAAACCGUGGACAUCAGCACGGUGCCGUCGCCCCCUGGUGACGAAGACGGAGACUUCAUCCUGAUUCAUCACAGUGAAGUUCAGAUCUCAGAGAAAGCAGAGCAGGUUUACACACAACUGGUCAAGAUCCUCAAAGAGCAGCAUGAGAAAUGUAUCACUCACUCCAAGCAAUUCACACACCUGGGGAACGUCACUGAAACAACAAAGUUUGAGAAGAUGGCGGAGAGUUGUAAGAAAAGUCUGGAGGUCCUGAAGCUGGCUCAGUCCAGAGGUCUUCCUCCCCCUAAACAUCACUUUGAGGAGAGAUCAUUUCACACUGUCAGGAUAUUUCCAGAGCUGAGCAGCACUGACAUGGUUGUUACUAUUGUCAAAGGGAUGAAUCUUCCAGCUCCUAGUGGAAUCCAAACAAAUGACCUAGAUGCCUUCGUCAAGUUUGACUUCCCCUACCCCAGCACGGAGCAGCCGCAGAAACACAAAACAGUGGUCAUCAAGAACACUAACUCCCCAGAAUAUAACCAGAGUUUCACCCUGUCAAUCAACCGGAACCACCGCGGCUUCAGGAGGGUGGUGAUGUCUAAAGGCCUCAAACUGGAGCUGCUGCACAAAGGCGGUUUCUUGCGGAGCGACAAGCCAAUCGGGACGGCCCUUGUAAAGCUGGACAAACUGGAGUCACAGAGCGAAGUCAGAGAGAUCGUAGAGGUGAUGGACGGGCGUAAGGCCACAGGAGGUCGUGUUGAAGUGAAGAUCCGACUGCGGGAGCCUCUGAGCGGACAGGACAUGCAGACGAGCACCGAGCGCUGGCUGGUGAUCGAUCAGUCGCAGGUUCUUGUUUAGAUGCUGCUGCAAGAUUAAAGAUGAUCCACAAGAUAAAGAUUAAAGGCACUCAAUUAGAAACACUGAGGAGGACGGGGUUUGGGAUGUUGUGAUGAGGACGGUCUGUCGUUCAGACUGGACUCUGACCUACACGGGUCUUUGACUUGUUCAAAUGUUUUUGCACAUUUGCGAGACACAAGCUCUCCCUUUCACACUGCAGUCCCCCAGGAGGAGACAUGGAUCUGGUUUACAGUAGUUCAGCUGAUCUGGCUCAGCGACAGGAACCUCUUCAGUCUGAGCAAAUGGUGACUCCAUUUAAAUCGAGGGAAAGGUUGUUCUCUCGUUCGUCAUCAUCUGUAAACUGUAAGCUCGUGAUGCAUCAGGCAGACGAGGUGGUAGGCUCCUUGUGACAUUUAAACCAGAGAAAACUAUUCAGGCAAUGAUUACAGUUGCCCCAAAAAAGUCUCUUUGUGCAUCGCUCCAUCUCCUGGAUGUGUCCUCUGCUAAUGUUGAAGGGGCUCAGUGUCGAGCUAACUUGAUCCUGCUGCCCCACAUAACUCUAGUUUAUAUAUCAAAGAAUGUGUACAUAUUCCUCACAUUAUACAGCUCUGGUAUCUAGAACUGCACCUAUGCACUAAUACCAAAGUAAUCACUGUUGCUGUAAAAUCCUGCAUAUUUGAAAUCGCCUUUACCUGCCAAACCUGUUACAAUGAUGAGAGCUUUACAUGUGACGGGACGCUGACGGGCUGUUUUAUUAUUUUCCCACACAAUUUGUCUGGUUUGAGAACGCAGGCGGAUGCAGCACCCUCACAGAUGUUACAGGAGUAAGCCAAUAAAUUAUGAUACUAUACAAG